AUGUCAACGGUUACAGCAGAGUCAAACAAGACCCUUCAAAUCCUAAAGGCUGCCGAAGAGGGCAAAUAUGGCGUCGUCGCCCCGAUUGUGUACAAUAUCGAGCACAUAAUUGCGUUCAUACGCGCGGCGGAAGCGAAAAGAUCGCCGCUCAUCAUUCAGAUGUUUCCAUGGGCCAUCACAUUUUCGAAUGGCUUGCUAGUACAUGCCGCUGCUCAGGCAGCGAAAACUGCUUCGGUUCCUGUAUCCGUUCAUCUUGACCACGCACAGGACGAGGACAUGAUACGACUCGCUGCGGAUACUCUACCAUUCGAUUCGAUCAUGGUCGACAUGUCACAUCACGAGCGGGAAGAGAAUCUGGCCAAGACGAAAGAAUUGGUGCAAUAUUGUCAUGAAAGGGGAAUUGCAACCGAAGCAGAGCCAGGACGUAUUGAGGGAGGUGAAGAUGGGAUUGCAGAUACUGCAGAUCUGGCCGCCGUGUUGACAACAGCGAACGAUGUAGAAGAUUUUUAUGCCACGGGCGUCGAUAUUCUCGCGCCAGCUUUUGGUAACAUCCAUGGAGAAUACGGCCCAGCAGGUCCACAGCUCGAUUUCCCACGCCUUGAUGACAUUCGAACAGCCAUUAACGGCCGUCUUCGGAUCGCCAUGCAUGGUACGAACGGGUUCCCAGAGGAUGUCAUGAAGGAGUGCAUUAAGAGGGGCGUGAGCAAGGUGAAUGUAAACAAGCUAGUGCUGGAUGAUGCUCUUGUCUAUUUGCAACAAAACGCAGCGACGACGAGCUUGACGAAGCUGAUGGAAGAAGGCGUCCAGAAAGCACAGAAAUUGACAGAGUGGCAGAUGGACGUUUGUGGAUCAACGGGAAAGGCGGCUUAG